ACAAAAUAACUAAAGCCCAAACAAGGAGGAAAUGGACCAAAACCCAAACAAGAAAAUGAAGAGGGCUCUUCUCCUACUAAACACCAUCUUCCUCGCCAUCGGAGGCUGCGGUGGUCCCAUGAUCAUGCGCCUCUACUUCAUCCACGGCGGCAACCGUUUAUGGCUAUCGAGCUGGUUGGAAACGGGCGGCUGGCCCAUCUAUUUCAUCCCUCUUCUCAUAAACUACCUCCAACGUCGCCGCAAAGAGGGCUCCGCGGCCAAGCUCUACUUCAUUGGAGGCCCGGUGUUUGUCGCCUCCACCGUCAUUGGCGUCCUCACCGGGUUUGACGACUACCUCUAUGCCUACGGGGUGGCCUUCCUCCCCGUAUCGACCGGCUCUCUCGUGCUUGCGUCCCAACUAGGUUUCACUGCGAUUUUCGCGUUUCUUGUGGUGAAGCAGAAGUUCACUCCGUAUUCGAUAAAUGCGAUAGCGUUACUCACAGUCGGAGCCGGAGUUCUAGCUCUUCAUACGAGCAGUGAUCGGCCGGAGGGAGAGUCGAACAAGGACUAUAAUAUGGGGUUGAUCAUGAUGCUGGCGGCGGCGGCUUUGUACGGUCUUAUAUUGCCGUUGGUGGAGCUGACUUAUAAGAAGGCAAGACAGGUUAUAACUUACACGGUGGUGUUGGAGAUGCAGCUGGUGAUAUGUUUCUUUGCUACUCUAGUCUGCACUAUUGGUAUGGUUAUCGACAAGGACUUCAAGGCAAUUCCGAGGGAGGCAAGAGAAUUUGGACUCGGCGAAACAACAUACUAUUCAGUUCUGGUUAUCAGUGGCAUAGUCUGGCAGGGAUUCUACAUAGGUACAAUAGGAGUCAUCUUCGCUAGCUCAACUCUGUUCUCUGCCAUCAUCAUCGCCGUUCUACUGCCAGUGACCGAAAUCUUCGCUGUUAUCUUUUACAAGGAAAAGUUUACAGCAGAGAAAUGGGUUUCUCUCGUUCUCUCGCUAUGGGGAUGUGUUUCAUAUUUCUACGGUGAGCUAAAACGUAGCAAGGAGAAGAUUGACGCUCAAACUCUAGAAACCGAGAUGCCACUCGCUGUUAGCGUCGACACUCCAUAAUGAAUGAUUGUAAAUGAUGUGCUCAAAAAAAUUCCUGUUUCAGAU